AUGACCAGUGUGUUAAAAAUAAUUAUUCCUAAUUUUUCUUUGCUUUUUCAGAGUGGAGGAGUAGGUGGGCACGGUACUGGCGGAGUGGGUACAGGCGUGGGUCAGGUUGGAGUCCCUCCUGGGCCUAGUCCUGCACCCCCAGGGCCUCCCCACGAACUUAGUUCACAGUCCCUCCCUCCAGGAUCUACGCCACAAAUGCAACAAGGUUCAGGAGGGAGUUUACCAGUGGCAUCAGCACACAACAUGAUGUAUCCUUCCAACACACAGAACCAGCCCCAGGGACCACAACCUAAUGCUCAGGGUCAAUUCUUCCCUCAUCCUGGAGGACCCAAUCCUUCACCUCACAUGCACUCCAGUGGUCAGCCACGGCAAGUCACCAUUACACAUUCUCAACAUAUGCAAAAUUAUCCUGUAAUAACUCCAAAUUUGAUGCCGUAUUAUCCCUCGACACAUGGCGGGAGUAAUUUGGUGUACCAGCUUGCCCAGAAUGGGAUACGUCAAAUCGUGAAUGGCGUGCCAGCUGGUAGAGGACGAUGGCUGUCCAACCGGACAUCUCACCCAUCUGAUAUCGAGUUCCAGACAGUGGGUCCUCACCGUCAAGCAGCACCACAUACACAACCUGGGCAGUUCCACCCAUCCCCGAUGCCACAACCUCACCCACAGGGUCACUACCAGGCUAUACAGUACCACCAACCUCAGGGAGGUAAGCACGAGGCUACUUCCCCUCUCCAGUACCGGCAGCCUCAUGGAGUGUAUUAUCCAUCAGCUGCACAGCAUCAACAGCUAAAACCAGUGAUGGGUCAGGCUCCGCAGAGAGAACGUAAAACUCUUGCUAUAGUGGAUCCUAGUACUGGCAAGAAUAUUUUAGAUGACAUGCAUAAUGAAAAGCCAGAUAAAACCCCAACACCACCUCAGUCAUCUGAAUCUAGUGCCAGGAACACACCAGCACCUAUGUCACCUCACCUCCAAUGUACUUCGAAGAAGCCAUUGACAGUAUGCCCAAUCACUCUGCCUCAGGCCCAGACUCCUGGAAUUCAAGAUUCGUCAAGAAUUGCAAAAAAACAUAAUCACAGGCUCUAAAUGUCCUAUGAAGACAGUUUAGAUACAGACAUCCUCCCAAAACUUUAAAAAAAUGCUGAAAUAGCACUUGCUUCAUAAAUGUGGCAGUAAAGCAUUAGAAAUGACCAUAGAGUGAUUGCACUAACAUCACACAUCAUUUGAAUCUUGAAAAGAAUGCAAAGAUGUAAGCUUGAAAAAUGUAGAUUCACAUCUACAAAAUUCAUGACGAAUGGAUUGACAGCAGAAUAUUCCUGCCUAUCACAGAAAUCUGAAAAGAGAUUAAGAAUGUUGAAAGCCAGUCCUGUGGCCUGGAAAUUGUAAGAACUUCCAAAUAUGAAAUUUGAUGAGGAUUUUUAGUGUCUGGUUAGCUAUUCCUUUUCAUUGAUAAAUAACCAAUUUCAUUGCAGCACAAAGUAAUGAUGAAUUAAGACCCACUUAAUGAUAUUCGAUAGAUCUUGAUUUUUAUGCAUAGAGAACAUAGUGGUGGCAAGAAUUCUAAUUAUUCCUGUUCUUCAUGUGAAUAGUUUACAUGUCAUUACCUGUAUAUAUUUCAAAGAGCAAAGAUAUGUUUAGUUUUAAAAAAAAUUGGUUCACUGUGAUAAAGAAAAUUUUAAUCUUGUGGCAACUUUCUUUGUUUUCCUAUAGUUGUGGCCUUUUGUUCUCCCCAUUAAUAUCUAAAUUUUUCUGUACCAAUUUUGUAUCAUAAUUUUUUUCUUCCUCUUAUCUGCUAAGGUAUUGUCUAUCUUUCCUUAACAGUCUGCCUUUUUUUUUUGUAAUUCUUAAUUCGUAUUUAAGCCAUUUCGUAUCAUGUGUCUAUAUUUUUUUUGUAAGGACUCCACACUACAACAUAUAUAUUGUAAUUUUUUAUUGUUCAUAUAUCUGAAGUUUGCCAGUAUAGCAUACAAGUUCUCAUUACUAUAUGCUGCAUUUAUAUGACCUUGUGAGAAUCUUUGAUUUAUGUCAUUAGAACCUUUUCUUUUGAUGUUUUUAAUAUUUUAGUAUUUGGAGUGUCCCUUGCUUUAUGCAGUAGAAAAGUUCCAAGUAAACUGUGUGUAUGAACCCAGAAAAAGCUGCAGUGUACUUGUCUCAAUCUUCUUCAGGCCUGUUUCUACCACCAAUUGAGAUGAUUAUGAGAGAGAGAGCAACUUCUUAGCAGUGAUGUGCUUAGUGGCUGUUUUGCAUUGGAAUAUCACACAUUACUUCACUCGUGUCGGUACAUGCAGCAUUAUGUUUAGCUGUAUUACACAGGAGAAUAUGGUUACACCACUGGUGUCAUAUACACAAGAAACUGGGGUGUUUCCUUCAAAGUGUGUAAUUAAGAGAGUUCAGUAAAGGACAUCAUUAACCCUUUCAGGGUCCAGAGGCCAAAUCUCAGUGUGACAGCUAGGGUCCAAGAAUUUUCAAAAUAAGUUUAUUUUUUUCUUAUGAAAUGGUGGAGAACUUUUUUUGAAGAUAAUAAAACAAAAAGUACGAAAUUUGGUGGAAAAUUGAUGAAAUUAUGCUCUCGCAAAUUUUGAUGUGUCGGCGAUAUUUACGCAUCAGCGAUUUUGCCGACUUUGAUUCUCAUUUUAGGCCAAUUACAUUAUUCCAAAUUCUUAGCUAGUAUUUUGUUAGUAUUACUUCUAUUUUAUCGAUUGAGCACUAAGAAAUCACCCAGUCAAUUGUUUCAACUACCUAAUAAAGUGAUCAGAAAUUGAUAAUUUAGCUGAUUUAACACAAAGCUCAAAAUAUUCCAAUUUCAAAAUAGGGUUCAGAAUAAACAAUGCAGACAUUCCUGGCACAAAACUAACAUUUCCUCUGUUCAUUAGUUAUGUUUUCAGGCUUUACAAAUGAAUUCCAUUUUGAUUUUUUACUCGCAUAAAGAAUUUUUAUUUACACCAAAAAAUGGAAGAUUUACUGUUAUGCAAUAUUGUAAUAAAUGUAUAAAUAAUA